GAGCUUACCGGUUUCUUACCCCAAAAUGGUGGCGGCGGCAGCGGGAAGCAGGGCGAGGGGUGGCUGAGUGGGCACGUGCGGGUUUUUCUUUUCUCCUUUCCCUUUCCCGAAUAAAUGCGGGUGCCCGGAGGUAACUAGGGGGUGCUAAACAGUAACUAUUUUUGGUGAGAACAUUUGGGGAAUGAAAAAUGACAUCAAUUAUCAAGCUAACAACCCUCUCAGGGGUUCAGGAAGAAUCUGCUCUCUGCUACUUACUUCAGGUAGAUGAGUUUCGCUUUUUGUUGGAUUGUGGCUGGGAUGAAAAUUUUUCUAUGGACAUCAUUGAUUCUCUGAGGAAAUAUGUUCACCAGGUUGAUGCAGUACUUCUUUCACAUCCUGAUCCUCUGCACUUGGGUGCUCUCCCAUAUGCAGUAGGAAAGAUGGGGUUGAACUGUGCUAUUUAUGCAACUAUUCCUGUAUACAAAAUGGGUCAGAUGUUCAUGUAUGAUCUCUAUCAGUCACGCCAUAAUACUGAAGACUUCACCUUGUUUACUUUGGAUGAUGUGGAUGCAGCUUUUGAUAAAAUACAACAACUAAAAUUUUCUCAGAUUGUCAAUUUGAAAGGUAAAGGGCAUGGUUUGUCUAUCACACCAUUACCAGCAGGCCACAUGAUAGGAGGUACGAUAUGGAAAAUAGUUAAAGAUGGAGAAGAGGAAAUUGUUUAUGCAGUUGAUUUCAACCACAAGAGGGAGAUUCAUUUAAAUGGAUGUUCCUUGGAAAUGUUAAGUAGACCUUCUUUGCUCAUCACUGAUUCGUUCAAUGCUACUUACGUACAGCCAAGGCGGAAACAAAGAGAUGAGCAACUGCUAACAAAUAUUUUGGAAACAUUGAGGGGUGAUGGAAAUGUCCUAAUAGCUGUGGACACUGCAGGGAGAGUUUUGGAACUUGCCCAGCUGCUUGAUCAGAUAUGGAGGACAAAAGAUGCUGGUUUAGGAGUUUAUUCCUUGGCACUUUUAAACAAUGUCAGCUACAACGUUGUGGAGUUCUCAAAAUCUCAGGUGGAAUGGAUGAGUGACAAGCUAAUGAGGUGCUUUGAAGAUAAGAGAAACAAUCCUUUCCAGUUUCGUCAUCUGUCUCUUUGUCAUGGACUUGCAGAUUUGGCUCGUGUUCCUAGUCCCAAAGUUGUUCUUGCUAGCCAGCCAGAUCUGGACUGCGGAUUUUCAAGAGAUCUCUUCAUACAAUGGUGUCAGGAUCCCAAAAACUCUAUUAUUUUGACAUACAGAACAACUCCUGGAACACUAGCACGGUUUUUAAUAGAUAAUGCUUCUGAAAAAGUUAUAGACAUAGAGCUCAGGAAACGUGUAAAACUUGAAGGAAAAGAACUUGAAGAAUACCUGGAAAAAGAAAAAAUUAAAAAAGAGGCAGCAAAAAAGUUAGAGCAAUCAAAAGAAGCAGAUAUAGAUUCCAGUGAUGAGAGUGAUGCUGAAGAGGAUAUUGAUCAACCAUCUGUUCAUAAGACCAAACAUGAUCUCAUGAUGAAAGGUGAAGGAAAUCGUAAAGGAAGCUUUUUCAAACAAGCCAAAAAAUCUUAUCCUAUGUUUCCUGCUCCAGAAGAGAGAAUUAAAUGGGACGAAUAUGGAGAGAUUAUCAAACCUGAGGAUUUCCUCGUUCCAGAACUUCAGGCAACAGAAGAAGAAAAAAACAAAUUAGAAUCUGGCCUUACAAAUGGAGACGAGCCUAUGGAUCAAGAUUUAUCAGAUGUUCCUACUAAAUGCAUUUCAGCAAUGGAAUCAAUGGAAAUAAAAGCUCGAGUUACAUACAUAGAUUAUGAAGGCCGCUCUGAUGGAGACUCCAUUAAAAAAAUUAUUAAUCAGAUGAAGCCACGGCAAUUGAUUAUUGUCCAUGGACCUCCUGAGGCCAGUCAAGAUCUCACUGAAUCUUGUAGAGCUUUUGGGGGGAAAGAUAUUAAAGUUUAUAUGCCCAAACUGCAUGAAACCGUAGAUGCAACCAGUGAGACUCACAUAUAUCAAGUUAGGUUAAAAGACUCCCUAGUCAGUUCCCUUCAGUUUUGUAAGGCUAAAGAUGCAGAACUUGCAUGGAUAGAUGGAGUUCUGGAUAUGCGAGUAUCAAAAGUAGACACAGGGGUAAUUUUGGAAGAAGGGGAACUGAGAGAUGACGGUGAGGACACUGAAAUGCAAGUAGAUGCACCCUCUUCAGAUUCCAGUGCUGUGGCACAGCAAAAGGCCAUUAAAAGCCUCUUUGGUGAUGAUGACAAAGAAAUCUGUGAGGAGAGUGAAAUUAUUCCUACUUUGGAGCCCUUACCACCCAAUGAGGUUCCUGGACAUCAGUCGGUCUUCAUGAAUGAGCCAAGAUUAUCUGAUUUUAAGCAAGUUCUAUUGCGAGAAGGAGUCCAAGCUGAAUUUGUGGGAGGAGUUCUAGUGUGUAAUAACUUGGUCGCUGUUCGCAGAACUGAAACUGGACGUAUUGGAUUGGAAGGUUGUCUCUGUGAAGAUUUCUAUAAAAUUAGAGACCUUUUAUAUGAACAGUAUGCUAUUGUCUAAGGAGAAGUGUAAAUAUAUGUGUAUAUAUAUAUAUGGACUUGUUUUAUUUUUAUCAGAUUCUUUUACAGAAUGCAUAAGAAUAAUUAGUAGCCAUUACUAAACCUUUCUAGUUGAUGAACCAGUAUUGAUACAGUCCGAGAAAGUUUACUCUAUAUAAAUAGCCUGUAUAUUUGCUGGUUAUAUUUUUCAUAAUAAUACAACUUUUCACGUUGUAGCUUUUCAACUUGCAGAUAGAUCAUUUUACAUAAUUUUUUGAGAUCCGAUCUUGACAAAUUUGCAUUUAGUCUCUGUUGAAAGCAAUGGGAUUUGGCAUGAUUAAGAUUUCCAUUAUUUUCAGUGGGAAGUUAAGGUUAUGCUUAAAAAAUAUAAAAUAAUUGUAUGUUAAAAAUGUCUCUGAUUUGCAACUAAAUGUUUAUGUCCAUCCCUUGAUUUUUGUAGCAAAUUGUACAUUUUUGUUUUGAUAAAAGCAAAGUGAAUAUUCAUUGAGAAUCAA